CAAACUGUGCUAGCGAAUUGUAACGAACGACARUCAGGGACUCAGUUCGUUCGUUCAGUUUAGUGAGUCAUUGCCGCUCAUCAAUCAAUCAAUCAAUCAUUCAAAUUGUUGAAGCCUAAGCAAAUAGAAAAAAUAAUAAUAAAAUAAAAAAACAAACAAUAAAACAUAAAAAUACAAAUACAGAAAAUCUAACGCGAGUGCAGUGAUGCAAAUAGCUUUAUUAAAAACAACAACCACAAGUGCCCUAAACAAAACGCUGUCAGCCGCCCCCAAGUAAAGCAAACCAAAAAAAAAAAAAAAAAAGACCCACACGAGCUAAGCGUGAGGGACUUUGAACGGUUACGACUCUGAUGGUGGUGGAUUACCGUGGGGUGGGUGGCUAGUGUUAUCGUCUUUGCUCGCUCUCGCCCACAAAUUGCCAGCAGCGGCAACUUGCUCCAAAUUUGUAGAUCAUGCGCAAUAGGAGUGACUCGCUGAAACGCUCACUGGUUCGCUCAUUGCCCAAACAGGAUAUUUUAUUAUACUGAAAUUCAAACCCACACACACAUAUAAGUUCAUACAUACAGAUGCGUGCUGAGCUGCGCUCUUUUAACGUACGAGUACCGCAGGAAAUUCGCAUAUUCAGGCCAAAAGCAUUGCGCUCGUAGUAAAACGCGGCUCAUAAGCAAAAGCUCCGCACUGCCAUUCGGACGCAUUCCGUUGCCUGCUCCCACUUACACAUUAUCACGCGCUCCCACAUAGAAAAAGAAACACACACACACACACACACAUAAAACAUACACUCGCACACACGCGUAGCCGUUCCUACAUGCAUUCACACAUACACGUGCAAAAAUCAAUUGGUCGCAGUUAAAAGAAAAAAUCGGUUAACUAAAAGGGAUUUUUGGUCAGAAACGCGUUGUUUUUGAGGCCCUGGCUGCCAAAUAAUGUUGAAAUUGACUGUGAAAUGUGCAAAAGCGAGAAAAGCGAAAAAAGCUCACAAGUUACGCAAAAAAUGCAGCAGCAUCGCAGCCGCAGUAGCAGCAGCAGCGAGCAAAAUGUGAAACGGAAACGAGCAAACGAACAAUGUUAAAAGUGCAGAGGAUCGAAGGAUGCAUCCGAGUGCCUCCACAGUGCCAUUGACCACCACCGAACCAGCAAUUUGUCAUUAACGCCAACGCAAGCAUCAGCAACUGAAUUGCUGCCACGGCAUCAUCAACUGCAACGGCAACUGCAUCUGCAUCUGCAACUGCAACAUCAACAGCAACAGCAAUUGCAAUUGCAUUUGCAUUCGUAUCUGCAAUAUAGCCGCAAAAGCCUUGCCAACUGCACCUGCAUCUAACGCUGUUCCCCCGCCGGCAACCACCCCACAGAUGCUGUCCUUGUUGUUGUUGCUGUUGCUGCUGCUUGUGAUUUUGAGUUUUCAUAACUAAACGGUGAAUUUCGUGCGGCUAGCAAAACGACGAACAGACAUCCAGGCAACCAGGCAUCCAGGUAUCCAGGCAUCCGGGCAUCCAAACAUCCAGUCAGCAUCCAUCAGGCCAGGCAACGCAGUUUAGCACUACUAUACGAGCAACGAAUGAAUCGAACUUGCAUUUUAUAUAUAGACUAAGCUAAUGAAUUUUCGUAAAAUUAAGUCGAUAACGCGAUCACGCCCCUGGGCACUUUUCUCGAGACUUCAGCCAGGGCCACAAAUGCCCCAACUGUAGCAGCAGAAGACAGACUUUCCCCAUAAGGAUCCCCACUCAUAAAUGCAGUGGAAGAAGAAGUUUACUCGAUUGAAAGCAGCUACUGGAAAUUCGCGUGUGCGAAGAAUGCUUUGUUGUGGACGUAGAAAGGAAAAUGGAAGAUCAGUUCCUGAUGUUACAGCCAGUCCGGGCCGCGCGCCGCCCGGCCCGCUGCCCGCCAACCAGCUGUCCGGCAUGGGCAACCAGCAGCAGCACCACCUCCAUGCCAACCAGCAGCAGCAGCAACAGCAGCAGCAGCAGCACCAUGGCAACCAGCAACAGAAUCGCGGCCAGAGCGGAACCACAAACGGCUCAGGUGGCGUCAAGGAUCCGGUGCUGCUCCAAGGCGACUUUCGCAAGGUCAGCGGCAUCAGCUCGGAGAUCUUUCGACAGAUAGAAGCUGUUGAGAACGAUCAUGAUCCGAACACCGCGGCGGCACUGGAGGCAGUGGAGCGCCGUGGCGAGAUGAUUGUGCGCAUCCUGGAGCCACGCUCCAUGGGCAGCAAGCACGCUGUGGAUGCGGCGCACAAGCUGAUGAACAAGGCCGAUGGCCGGCAUACCGUGCAGCUGGUGGAGAUUGUGAAGCGGCCCGGUCAAACACUCGGCCUCUACAUACGCGAGGGCAACGGCGCCGAUCGCACCGACGGCGUCUUCAUAUCCCGCAUCGCCCUCGAGUCGGCAGUCUAUAACAGCGGCUGCUUAAGGGUGGGCGACGAAAUCCUGGCCGUCAAUUUGGUGGAUGUCACUCAUAUGUCGCUGGAUGAUGUCGUCAUCAUUAUGUCAAUUCCUCGGCGCCUGGUGCUGGCCAUACGGCAGAGGCGGGGCAAUCGUGGCGCUGGGUCACCGGGGCCACCAACACUGUCGAGGCCGGAGCAGAAGCCCCCACCGGUGGUGGUCAUCAAGCGUGAUAUCAGAGACGAAGACCUGGACGAAACCGAUCGAAUGCCGCGCCCGCGUUCAUCACGUGAAAGACGUACAGGCGACGGCCGAGAGAUGACCGAGUCGCGCUCCAGGCUGGGGCUGGGCCUCAACAACUACAGUCCGCAGUCGGAGCAGCUGGACAUGUACUACAAUACACGGGGCGGCGUCAAUGCCAUGGGCGAACCACCAAACUGGGGCUACAAGCCGCCGCCGCCACCMUCGUCGGUCAUCACGGAGCAGCCCACCAAGGGGCAUGCGUUUGCGCCUUCGCACGCCUACUAUCAGAACGCGGGCACGCUGGAGAGCCUGGCGGAAAAGGUUCAUGCAUUUUAUCCGGGCGCUCCGGGGCAGCCGCUCGGCCCUUCCCGCCGCAUGUCCACGGGCACUGGCAACGUGGGCUUGGCCCAGCAGCACGCCCGGUUUCCGCGCUCUGGCUCCGAUCAGCAUUUGCCGCGAGUCGAGUACGCUGAUUACUCCAACUCACUGGGCCGCCACUCGCUGCUGCGCUCGAGCUUAAAACCCGGAACGGGCGCGCCAAUGCCAGUGGGGGUUGGCGGCACGUUGGGUCGCUAUGGGCGCUACGAUCAGCAACGCGGCGGGGUUCCGAAGUACGGACCGCCAGCAGCGGGCGCACAGUCCCUCACCCGUCGCUCGCGACCCAAUCUGGACUACUCCAGCGACACCGAAGCCACCAUUGGGCCGCGGCCCAGCUACUACUACUAUAACCGGCCYGCCAUAGGCAGCAUGCCGCGUGGCUCAAGCGGCGUGGGAGGCAGCGGUGCCGCUGCAGCCGCAGCUGCCAUGCUGGCCGGUGGCCCAGAUCUCAACAAAUUCAACUCACUGCCAAGGGAGCGACCUGGCGCCAGGCUACAGGGCAUUCGGGCGCGCAUAGGCGAUCGCAUUCUGGACGAGAAUGAUGGCAACAUCUCGGCGCCCGAGUAUGAUGCGCGGCGUGGGCGUGACCUGCGGCAACGCAUUACGGCCAGCCCGGGCCCCUCCAUCUUUACGGCGGACGAGUACCGUGCGUGGCUGAGGCGCGCCCCCAGCAGCUCUGCGAUUGCAGAGCAAAUGCGCAUGACUCGGGACAUGUUCGCUCAGCCGCGCUCACAUCGCUUCUCCUGCAGUGCGGAGAACAUUCACGAUGCUCUGCGGAAUACCGAGAGCAUUUACUCCAGCAGAACGGGCAUACUUGGCACUGGCACCCUAGACCGUAAUCUGGGUCUAACCCGGCCCAUAUCAGCACUGCCCGUGCGCUCCAUGUCCUCGCAGCACAUAGGUGGCGCUGGUUCAAUACGCUCACCCAGCAUCCGGCGCAUGCGUCAGCUCCUGGAACUAUCUGCUGGCCCAGCUAGUCCUAGUGGCAGCAUCAUGAGCACAGCCGGCCAUCAGAGUCCGGCGCCCACGCCCAGCGCCACAAUGCCACGAGCGCAUCGCCAGAUCGACAUCAAUCCGGCGGAGUUCGCCAAGUACAAGUUGGACAAGCCCAUUGUGGACAUUGGCGGCGUCUCGGGCAUGCUGUGGAUACAUCUGCUGGCGGGACGUGGGUUGCGCUCGACUCCAGAGCAGGGCGCACAGCUUGGGGCCGGCGGAGCACCGCUCCCACAGACCAGAGAUCUCUACUGCGUGAUUGAGUGCGACCGCGUGCAUAAGGCGCGCACGGUGGUGCGCUCGGGAGACUUGCAAUUCGAUUGGGACGAGUCCUUCGAGCUCGACCUGGUGGGCAACAAGCAGCUGGACGUGCUCGUCUACUCCUGGGAUCCGCAGCACAGGCACAAGCUCUGCUAUCGCGGCGCCAUAUCGCUGUCGGCAGUGUUGCGGCAGUCGCCUCUGCACCAGCUGGCGCUCAAGGUGGAGCCGCGUGGCACAGUCUACAUCCGCAUGCGGCACACCGAUCCCCUGGCGCUGUAUAAGCGUCGCGGUCUGCCCAGCCUGCGUGCCGGCUAUCCCACGCUAUUCGGCGCCGACCUGGAGACGGUGGUCAACAGGGAGUCGAAGAACGUGCCCGGCUGUGCACCAGUGCCAAUUGUUCUGCGACGCUGCGUGGAGGAGGUGGAGCGGCGAGGCCUCGAUAUAAUCGGGCUGUACCGCCUGUGCGGAUCGGCGACCAAGAAGCGUUUACUGCGCGAGGCCUUCGAGCGCAACAGCCGAGCCGUGGAAUUGAGCCCGGAACACGUUCCUGAUAUUAAUGUUAUUACCGGCGUCCUCAAGGACUACCUCAGAGAGCUGCCCGAGCCACUGUUCACGCGCUGUCUCUUCCAGAUGACGGUCGAUGCAUUGGCUGUCUGCCUGCCAGAUGAUCCUGAGGGAAAUGCGAAACUGAUGCUUAGCAUACUCGACUGUUUGCCCCGGGCGAAUAGGGCCACUUUGGUGUUCCUGCUUGACCACUUGUCUCUGGUUGUGUCCAAUGCGGAGCGCAAUAAGAUGUCCGCUCAGGCGCUGGCCACUGUGAUGGGUCCCCCGCUGAUGCUGCAUUCGGCCAGUGCACAGCCUGGCGCUGACAUUGAUCACGCCCAGCCGAUUGCGGUGCUCAAGUAUCUGCUGCAGAUCUGGCCGCAGCCGCAAGCCCAGCAGGCGCAGCAUCAGCAGCUGGCUCAGCACAUGGGCGGCAUGGCCACAGCUAGCAGCAUGAGCAACAUGGCAGGUGUUGCUUCAGGUCGGCGCGGCGAGUCAACAGGGCAGCGUGGAAGCAAAGUCAGUGCGUUGCCAGUGGACAGACAGCAAAUACUACUGCAGCAGCAGCAGCAGCUCAUGGCGGCGGGCAACCUACUGCGCUCGUCCACUUCGGUAACCAACAUACUCUCCCAAGGCCAUCAUCAGCUCUCAGCCACAGCCAACAGUCAUCUGUAUCAAUCAGUAGUGGGUCAGUUAGCUCAAUCGCAUCGAGCCUUGCAACAAGCGGUGCAACAGCCCUAUCAAUUGGGGGGCUCAGCGGGCUCAGCAAUUCCCGACCAAUCGCCACUGCCACUUCCAGGCACACCCUCCCCAGGCAGUAGCUCAGCUUCGACGGGCUCCGGCUCGGGGUCGGGCUCGGGCUCGGGCAAGAGCACUGAUACCAUCAAACGUGGUGCUUCACCCGCCUCGGUCAAGCAAGUGAAAGUCGCAGAUACGCUCAGCCCGUACUCCGUCGUGCAGAAGAAGCCCCCACUACAGAAGGAUGCACCCAUAGAAGAGAUUACGCCCCCAGAGGCUAGCGCUAGCGCUAGCGCCGGCGCCAGCGGCAGCGCCGCCAGCUCGACCAACCGCAAGGGCGUCGACUUCUACGAACCGCACAACUCGCAUUCCAAGAGCUUGGCCAGCGACGAGCCCUACACAUCUAAGUACAGCAGCAGCACUCUGGACUCCAAGAAGAACAGCUACGGCAGCAGCUACACGCCCAGCAAAAGCUCCAACGCCAGCAACAACGACGACUACAAGGUCAUACGCAACAAGACGAGCGCCACGUCGAGCUCCAGCUCGUCUCAGGCAACGGUGCUAAGUGCCGGCUCGACGGCGACGUCGGCGCCAACCACCUCCUCGGAUGACUCCGACGACCUGGUCUCGUACAAGUCGUCGGCCUCGACCAAUGCGCUGCUGGCCCAGUCUCAGGCGAUGACCACCAGCCAGCUGAUGUCCAAGUACUUGAAGCGCGAGCCGCGUGUCCAAUUCACACCGAUCAAGUCGCCGGACUCGCCUUCGCCGCCCGGCGGCGGGGACGGCUUGCCGAAGGGCACUUACCAGCUGGUCACGCCCAGCUCCAGCACCAGCUGCCUGGCGAAGCCCAGUGCCACCACUGGAGCGAUUAGCAAGUACACCACAUCAACAUCGUCGCCCAGUGCAGCGGACACCACCACGAAUCCAACGAGCAGCAGCAGCAAAUUGUCGUCGCCGUCGCGGUUGGCCAAGGAUGGCCGGUCGGGUGGCGCGGCGGUAAGUAGCUCCUCCUCUUCCCUGGUGUCGAGUGGCAGGCGGCUGUUCGACAGCCUCGCCUCGUCCUCGUCCUCGGAAACGGAGACAAAGACUUACAUUGGCGGCACCACAGUGGCCAGCGCAGUCAGCACCACCUCAACUUACACGAACGACUCCCGAAACGUAGCCACCAGCAAUAGCAGUAAAACAGCCUCCGGCUCAGAGCACAGAAGUUUUGGUAGCGCAUUAUUCGGCAGUAGCGCCAUAGGCAACGGCACCGGCAAUGGCAAUGGCCAUGGCCAUGGCCAUGGUGUCCACUCUAGCAACAGCCCCUUCGCCAGCACCAAUGGCAAUGCCAGCACCAGCAGCAAUCACAGUGCCAUGAAUCUCUAUGGAACUCUGCCCAAGAAUGGGGCUGCUAACGGCAGUAGCGCGGGCGCCACUCUCUUUGGCGCGAGCGCCAGUGCCAGCUCCUCGUAUCACUCGGGCAGCGGCACAGCCAGCAGCAGUGGGGUCAGCUCCAUGACUGGCUCCACCAAUAGCUACGAUUUCUACACGGGCGGCGGCUCAGCUGGCAGCAGCAGCAGCAGCACACGCCCCUUCGCCAAUGGCGGCAACAACUAUCAUACGCUGGGCACUUACCGCGCCCAGUACGCGGCCACCAAUCCCUUCCUCGACGCCUUCGACGAGAAGCCCAGCAGCAAUGGGGCCAACAAUGGCCAUAACAGCCACCACGUGGCCGACUCCAAGCUGGCAGCCAGCUCCGACAAGGGCCAUCAGCGUGCCUCAAUGGUGGCCGCCUUCCAGUCGUCGGGCGACUCGAAGAAUGGCAGCGACGAGUACGAUGAUCUCAAGUGA